CGGAAGGAAGGCCGGCAGGGCACUCCACCGCGGUGGCGAGCGCGCAGGCGCCUUCCUGGGACCCGCUGCGGCGCGAAUCCCCGCGUUCCGCGGGCGGCUGGAUGGGAAAAGUAAUAACCCUUUUUACUGUUCAAGGAGAAGAGAUCGGUUAAAAGUCUCACAGAAUAUCUUUGACCAUAAAGGACUCAGUAAAAUUAGGUACUUCCCUUCACACACGAAGAUCUCCAUUCAGCAAAUAUAAUACUUUAUGAGUACCUGCUUUCUGCCAACAUUGUUCUAAGCGCAGGGAACCCAGCCACGACUAAGGAAGCAACAUUCACAGCAUCUUCUCAGAAGACCUUCCUGGAGACCUCUCCCAAUCGCCAUCCCCUUUCCUCCCCAGAGACGUAAAAAUCAGUAUUUGACUGGAAACAAAGCAUCACUUAAAAUCCUCUCAAAUUCCUGAUUCCAAAGAAUUGAUAACAUUUCUCUGAUCAAGAAAAGAAGUGAUUGACUGCGUGUUAAAAGUAUUCCAGCAUUGGUCCUGUUAUUUUUCCUCUCCCUAAAUUUGAGAAGAAAUAUGGAGAAAUGCUACUUGAUGACAGCUGUUGUCUUACUAGGACUAACAGUACGGUGGACAGUUUCUCUUAAUUCUUACUCAGGUGCUGGAAAGCCCCCUAUGUUUGGUGAUUAUGAAGCUCAGAGACACUGGCAGGAGAUUACUAUUAAUUUACCGAUCAAACAAUGGUAUUUUAACGGCAGUGAUAACAACUUACAGUAUUGGGGAUUGGACUAUCCACCUCUUACAGCUUAUCAUAGUCUUUUAUGUGCAUAUGUGGCAAAGUUUAUAAAUCCAGACUGGAUUGCUCUCCAUACAUCACGUGGAUAUGAGAGUCAGGCACAUAAGCUCUUCAUGCGUGCAACAGUGUUAAUUGCUGAUUUGCUGAUUUACAUACCUGCAGUGGUUUUGUACUGUUGUUGUUUAAAAGAAAUCUCAACUAAGAAAAAGAUUGCUAAUGCAUUAUGCAUAUUGCUGUAUCCAGGCCUUAUUCUUAUCGACUAUGGACAUUUUCAAUAUAAUUCUGUGAGUCUUGGCUUUGCCUUGUGGGGUGUUCUUGGAGUAUCUUACGACUGGGACCUGCUGGGGUCCCUGGCAUUUUGCUUAGCUAUAAAUUAUAAGCAGAUGGAACUUUACCACUCCUUGCCAUUUUUUUGUUUUUUACUUGGCAAGUGUUUUAAGAAAGGCCUCAAAGGAAAAGGGUUUGUGUUGUUGAUUAAACUGGCUUGUACUGUUGUGGCUUCCUUCAUUCUCUGCUGGCUGCCAUUCUUUACAGAAAGGGAACAAACCCUGCAAGUUCUAAGAAGACUCUUCCCAGUUGAUCGUGGAUUAUUUGAGGAUAAAGUAGCCAAUAUUUGGUGCACCUUCAGUGUCUUUCUGAAGAUCAGGGAUAUUUUGCCACAUCACAUCCAGUUAAUGAUCAGCUUUUGUUUUACAUUUUUGAGCCUGCUUCCUGCAUGUAUAAAAUUGACACUUCACCCCUCUCCCAGAGGAUUCAGAUUUACUCUGGUUAGCUGUGCACUGUCAUUCUUUCUAUUUUCUUUCCAAGUACAUGAAAAGUCCAUUCUUUUGGUAUCAUUACCAGUCUGCUUAGUUUUAAGGGAAAUUCCUUUUAUGUCUACUUGGUUUUUACUUGUGUCAACAUUUAGUAUGCUGCCUCUUCUAUUGAAGGAUGAACUCCUAAUGCCCUCAGUUGUGACAGUGAUAGCAUUUUUCAUAGCUUGUGCAACCUCCUUUUCAAUAUUUGAAAAGACUUCUGAAGAAGAACUGCAGUUGAAAUCCUUUUCCAUUUCUGUUACGAAAUAUUUUCCAUGUUUUACAUUUCUUCCCAGAAUUAUACAACAUUUGUUUCUUAUCUCAGUAAUCACUAUGGUCCUUCUGACACUGAUGACUGUCACACUGGAUCCUCCUCAGAAACUACCGGACUUAUUUUCUGUAUUGGUGUGUUUUGUAUCCUGCUUAAACUUCCUGUUCUUCUUGGUAUACUUCAACAUUAUAAUCAUGUGGGAUUCCAAAAACGGAAGAAAUCAGAAGAAAAUCAACUAGCUAUAUGCCCAAAGAAAUGUGAAAAUGUUAAUAAUGCUACAAGCUUUUCUGAAAGUUUUGCUGUGUAUAAAAAGAAAUGAUCAUUUUGAGAAUCAUGGAAUUAUAGGAAAGGAGAUGGUGAAAAGUCAUUGUUGUCUACACAAAAUAAAUGUAUAUGGGGACCAGAGCAAUGGAGGCUUUUAUUUUCUAACUACUGGGUGGCCAAGAAAUAUUGUAGUUUUAUUAAAUUCAGUUAUUAUUCAAAUGGGAAAAUAAGAGAAACAUGUCCUUAAUCUCAGUGUUUACUUAGGAAAUGUACUCUGUAAUUUGUUGUCUUGAAAAAAAUCUGCAAAUAUAGUGAGCUUAACGGGAGAACUUAGCCCCUUAUUUUUGAAGGAAAUCACUAAUUUUGGUAUUCAGAUUUAGUUUUCUUUACAGUUUAGAAUGCUUUAGAAAUUAUAUCUCAGGGAUUAAAUUUGUGAUAAUCUUUUAUAUUACUAUGAGAAGGCAAUUUAAACUAUUUAAAGUUCGAACAUGCCUCAUUACAUGUGCAAAUUUGAAUUUUUUUAGCAAGGCAGAGAUUAAACUGUGUUCUUAUUUAUUUCCAAGAACUCUUGAUUUCCCUGAAUGCAAUUAAACAAUGAAUUGUCCUAAAUUUAAAUCUAAGUGGUUUGAAUGAAGUCUUUUUAAUUACUUAUGAUCAUUAGUUCUAAACUUUCAGGAUCAUUCUGUUUAAGUUAAGUGGCCUUAUACUGGGUUCAUCCUUCUGUUUUUCUUUGUUAUGACAUGGUUCAAGGUUACCAGUGCCAUAUGCAUUGAUCAUAUCAUGCUUCAUGUUACCUUAGCCCUGUUAAUAACUAUAUCACUCUAUAUUAGAAGAAGCCCAUCUUUACUAUAGUAUUCAGUUGGUAAAAAUAAUUUAUUGUAGCCAUGUUGUAGAUUCUCAUGUAAAGAUAUGUUUUCUUCAGUCUCUGUAAUAAAAAUAACCAUUUCCCCAUCAA